CGUUCUUCCGAUAUAAUCCAAAUGUACAUCUCUUGCUUACCUGAAGACGAACGUCAACUUUUAAUUGACGAAGGUCUUGACCUUCCUCCUGUUACUCCUCUUCUUUUUGAUUAUUCCAAAUAUUUACAAAGUUUUGAUUCGGCUUUUUUUACUGGUGCUAUAAUGUCUUGGCUUACAACUCGUGCAAAUUAUCGUCUCGAUUCUGAGAAGGAUGAUGAUCCUGAUUUAUGUACUUACACCUAUCUUGUACAAUGUGUAAUAGGAAAUCUAUUAUUUAGUCAUAGUAAAGGAUUAAGAGAUCUAGAUCUUGCUCAUUUCGAAGAUGAUGAUGAUUCUUUAAUAAUUGAUAUUGCUACUUUCGAUGAUGCGAAUAAAGCUUUAUCAAGAUUAGAAAAUUUCCAGUUUGAUUAUUCUGGUUGGAAAUUAAAUGAUACUGAUGAUGAUAAAUCUUCUGAAAUUAUUUCAAAUUUAUUUAAUUUCAUGGCUGAAUGUUCUCAUAAUAUUCAAUAUAUUUAUAUUAAUAUUACGAAUCUGGCUGGAAAAGAUGAUGAAUUAGUACAAAUUGCAAGAAGUUUUAAAAGAUUAAUCGAAGCACAAAAAGCUGUUAGAGAAUUAAUUAUUGUGGAAUUUUGGAGUCCAUAUGUUGCAGAUAUUUUAUUUAAUUCUUUAAUAUGUCAAUGGAAAUCUUUGACUUAUUUGAAAUUUCAUCAUUUGGAUAGUGAUCAAUUUGGACUUUUGUUACCUAUUCUACCUAUUCUCGUUAAUUUGAUUAAUAUCAAACAUUUAUAUUAUCGAGAUGAAAAAUCACAUGUCGACUCCCAAAAUUUUAUCAUUCCCAUAUUACAAAUGUCUAAUAAUAAUUUGAGGACAUUAUAUUUGGAAGAUGUUACUCCUUUUCUCAUUCAACAGAUUGGAAAUAAUUGUAAACAUUUAACGCAUUUGUCCCUAACUUUGGUUACACCUGAAAUUCCUGACCUAUUAUUUACGCUACUUAGAUCUUUAAAAAACUUGGUUCAUUUUUCAUUAUAUAGUAAUUCAACUGAAUGUCCUUUUCUUUCAACCGAUAGUUUGACUCAAUUUUCUGAGGCGAUACCAGAAUCUGAAAACGAAGGUAAACGUUAUUUAUAA